CUUUUACAGUCGCGACCUUGUUCUCGCAUUUCCCACUAGGGAAGUGAUGACUAGCGCUGCAACGAAGGACGUCACUCCAGAUCAUGGAAUUAUCACUUACAAUGGCAAGACUUUCCCUGAUAUCAUCAAGCGCGAGUACGGCUUGGUCCUGAACUAUAAGAUCACCGAGUCGACCCCAUGGGAGAAGCAACUUGCACUUUUCAUGGUCCAGAUUCUGGCCAUCGCAGCGGACGCUAUACCGGUCGUGGGACCUCUCGUUUCCUUUACUAUCUACAUGGGAGGCAAUUCGAUCAUUGAUGCUGCAUGGAUCUCGCAGUACGAAAACUCGAGCCCACCAGUAUUUGCGUUGCUGUAUUCUCAGCGAAGUAAUGUGGCGAAGUACAAGGCGAAGGUAGCGCCGAAGUUCAAGUUCAAAUUGAACCCCUAAGGGCGGCUACAGGCACGAACUCAAAUAUCCUCGUGGGCGAACACAGCUGGAAUCAGCCACUGACUGUCUCUCUGUUUAUGGUUGGGAAAUUUGUAUCCGGUCUGUGGCCAGUUACCAAACCAGCCUUGCUGUUGAGACCUUCUACGUCUUGUUCGCAAUCAUUUUCGAUCAGUG